AUGUCCGCCAUGUUGUCCAUGGCGCACUGAACCAACGGUAGGGAGCGGAGCGUCGGAAAAAAACAGUCCGAGAGAGAGCGACCAAGAUCCGGGCCCUUCCCCCGGCUCCGUUGGCGACGCCCUAAAUACAAGCUUUACAACGUUAGAGUAGAGAAAACCGCACAGAAACAUCCAUGAAAGCGCCACUCGGUACCGUUGUGAAUAUCAGGAGAUCCGAUAGAUUUAUAUUGCAUCUCGAGUUGUGAAAAAAUGAGUAAAUUGUCGUUUCGGGCGCGAGCUCUGGACGCUACCAAGCCGCUGCCCGUGUUCCGUUGCGAGGAUUUACCCGACCUGCACGAGUAUGCCUCCAUUAACCGGGCCGUGCCGCAGAUGCCCACGGGGAUGGAGAAAGAAGAGGAAUCGGAACACCAUCUCCAGCGGGCCAUCUCGGCGCAGCAGGUUUAUGGAGAGAAGCGGGACAACAUGCACAUCCCGGUGCCCGAGGCGGAGAGCGACAUCACGUACUACGAAUCCCUCUACCCCGGGGAGUUCAAGAUGCCAAAGCAGCUAAUUCACAUACAGCGUGAGUGGGCUUCCCUUAAUUCAAGGCGUUUAUUGUCAUGUGUGCAUAGCUACAUCAUGUCUUUAAGUAUCGCUUAUAUAUAUAUUUCCUCCUCCAACACUCAGAACCGUAAGAACGACGAGGCGUCCUACGAGAAGAUGCUGAAGCUGCGCAGGGAUCUCAGCCGAGCCGUCACCAUCCUGGAGAUGAUCAAGAGGAGGGAGAAGAGCAAGAGAGAGCUGCUGCACCUCACACUGGAGAUCUUUGAGAAGAGGAACGUCAUGUCGGACUACAGUGGGGAGGUGAUGGCGGAGGUGUUGGCUGAGCGGGCGCUGGUUAGGCCGCAGAUCAUUCCCCUGGUCCCCGUCACUAACCAGUACCGACACCAGGACCACAUGGACCUCAAGGACUACAAGUCCAAGCCCGAGAAGGCGGAAGUCCCCCGUCAGAAGAGGAAAUACGAGAAGAAGCAGAAGGCGUUGCCGCUGUCGUCGGGCGCACCCCACCACCCGGGGCCUGCUGUCUUCAACGCCAAGGACCUCAACCAGUACGACUUCCCCAGCUCGGACGACGAGCCCUACUCCCAGCUGCACUCAGGCUCUUCAGAAGCAGAGGAGGAGAACGACCCAGACGGUGCCUUCGCCUUUCGCAGGAAGGCCGGCUGCCAGUACUACGCUGUGCGUCAGGACCGGGUGGGCAGCUGGCCGUGGUGCGGACCCUGGGACGGCGGUUUGGCAGAAGCUCGUUUCCGCUACAGUCUCACAACGCUCACCGUGCCGCGCCGCUGCCUCGGGAUGGCCCGGCGGCGCAUGGGGCGAGGCGGCAGGGUGUUGCUGGACAGAGCGCACACGGACUACGACAACGUUUUCCACGACCUGGAUGCAGAAAAGCUCGACACGUCUCUUCCUCCGUCACCUCCUCCUCCUGCAGCUUCUUCGCGCUCGCCGGCCUCCGACAAGCUUGCCAGUACCUCAGAAACAAAUACCUCGGACAGAAGUUCCUCCUCCCCCUCUUCCACGGACCUCAGUCAGAUACUGUUGAAUAUAAGUUCGUGCCGAUGGAGGCACUUUAGACCACGGACACUACCACUACACGAGCUGGACAAUGCCCACCCGCUAUUCAGGAAGCUGAGUCGCAGCCUGAAGCGACCCGCCUCCUCCCCCACAGCCGCGGGACAGCCGUUUGGCUCGCUGCGCCCGGGGAGGGUCGUCCACGCACCCCCGCCCACUGCUGCUUUCACAGCCGAACAGUACCAGCAGCAUCUGGAGCAGCUGGCCCUGAUGCAGAAGCUGCAGCUGGAGCAGGUCCAGCUGCAGCUGAAAGCCAACAGCACCGCCACUACAAACAGCACAAAGGGUCUGUCUCAUACGUUGGACCAGGCCAGCGCUCAGUUCGCCGCCUCGGCUCUCGUCACCGCCGACAAACUGCUGGCUCUGAAAACCAAGGAGGACCUCGGUCCGGGAGGAGGAGCGGUGAACGGCGUCCUCUCCCCCUCAGGUGUCUACAAGGGCUCUCACCUCUCGAGCACAGCGGCUCCACCUUCCUCUUCCUCCCCGACUCCCUCCCUGCUCCACCCCUCGGCCACCAGUAACAACAACGGCACCGCCCACCACCACUCCAACACCACUAACACCACUCAGGUCCUGCUGGGAAACAACAGCCUCCGUCUGGGGGUUCCCACCGGAAAGCGCGUCCACGUCCCCCGGACGCUGAGCAGCACCACCACCAUGUCCACAUCCGCCUUAAAACUCGCAGCCGCCAACUGUCAGAAACCCAAGGUCACCGCGACCUCCGCCUCGCCGCUGGACAUAGUGCCCAGGGAGAAUCAUGAACAAGAGAAGCCAGCACUGAACAGUCUGUCAGAGAACACAGUGGCCAUGGAGGUCACGUAGGGGGGAGGGGGAGAGGAACCCCCAUUUUCUUUUUUAGGUGCUAUGCAUCGUUCGUUAUUGGUGGCGGAAUGAGCAAGACUUGGUUUCCUCGGCAACUGUUUUGGGACUUAAUUGCAAUGCUCGUCUCGUACAAAUCUUUUUUUCUUCCUUGCCCUCCUCCCCCCCCAUUUCCCCUAUUUGUUACUGUUGAUAAGAGAUCGUCUGUAAAUUCUUAAUGACAAUUAUAUGUACAGUACUGCAUAUUUGUAAUACCCUCCCACACACCCCCACCCCUUUGUUCUUGUAUAUAACAUUACUUGAAUACAGAAUUGUUCAUUUGUGAUGUUUUGCACUCGAGAUAUAAAAAAGAAAAAAUCAAAAUUAAAACAAGAGAACGACAAACUGCAACUGGUGCGAGUGUGAGAGAAAUGUAUGUCAUCAUCACAUGGUGCGGGACCUGCUGUUGGAUCUAUUUAUUGUGCCGUGUUUACAAACCUUUAUUUUCCCGUUCAUGUUUUUUAUUUUUAAAUCCGUUUACCCCAAACCUCCUUUUUUUUUGUACACACUGUACCCCUCACCGGUUCCCCCCUUAUCAGUGUUUAGCUAGAUUAAAAAAGAAAACUUAAAAAAAAACUCUGUAUCAUUUUGGAUGUUGUGAACAUGGCCGGGGGCUCGUCUGAUUUCUGUAGGACGAACUUCCACGAUGUUCCCGUCAUGUUGCAUUCAGGCGCAGGGCCGGAGAAGGAAAACCACGACGGGUGUGAUUUGUUUGUCGUAAGCAUCAGUUUGUCAGUUUCCACAAUGAUCUUCCAUACAUAUAAUAUUCCUGAGACGAGGAACAAAACAAUGGGGGGGUGGGGGAUGAAUCUUUCCCAGAAGACUUUGCUGCUUCUGAUUUAUCUAAGCACUAUAUCAUUUGUUUGUUGAUUUAAUGCUGCUUCUGUAUGAUUUCUGCCGUCUGGUUCGCACCGGAUGGUUUUAUUUACUUAAUCUCUCAAAGAUAACCCUUUUUUUAUUUUUAAGAAUAAAUAUUUUUGUAUCCCCCACACAUUUAUUUUUUCAUUAUAAUUCCCCUCACUUCAUUAUUUUGUUACUUGUUGAUCAAAAAAUAAAUAUAAGGGAGUAAAAGAAAAUGCAGUAACUGACAUUAUCAUUCCAGCUUCUACAUAGAACAUGAUGUAUGAAUUGAAAAUAAAAGAAAAAAAGCUGUUUUUCUCUACUUUUAGAAAUUCUCCUGAAGGCUGAAAGGCCACGAACCACACCUUAUCGGGUGCCUUCAUUUGGAACAUACAAAAAGAAAUAACCGUUACAAAAAAAAAUCAUCGCUCUCUUCUGUGAAGAGAUUGGUACUGAACAAGGCUACUUGUAGUUUCUCUUUGUCUUUACCACAAUCCCAAAGCCUAUUCCACUGGCCCUGUUCAUUCGUGAGUUUUUGUUUGUUAUUGUAGACCCUUCAACCACACACACACACACACACGGGAAAGACUAAAAAUCCUCUUGAAUUGUCACAAAAUGAAAUAAAAAUCCAGGGCAUUAUG